GAUUUAUAAAAUGUUUGCAGCAUAACGAACUUUAUAGCGCUCUGAACGACUCAGCGUGAGCGGGGUAUCAGUUUCAAGGUUGCGUAGCAACGAUCCUUAUCCAAUUAAAACAUCUUUCAGUAAGCACUUCUGUUUUGUACUUUGCUGUACUCAAAGAAGCGGCAUCUGUUACUUGUAUAAUGACAGAGAGUGAACCCAGUGUGUGUGACAGUAAUCCUAAAUAGUUAAUAUGAAAUAUCCGUAUAAAUAUUGUGGUUCCGCGCCAAAUUCGAAGUUUCAAGUUCGUCCAUGGCGAAGGAGAGCGGGAAGCGACCCGAUCUAAGUUUAAGAAGAGUUUACAGCAAUUCGCUCGAUGCAUCAAAUGCGUGGUACGCAAUCAAUGUCGAUAUCUGCUAUAGAGUUCAUGAUUUUCUUUCGAUCGAAGAAAACAGAACGUAUUUAAAUAGGGAUUUUGUCGAGCUAAGCCUCGACGAACUGAGGCAAGAAAAUGGCGCGCAAAUUCCCACCGAUUGGUUCGGACCACGAGCACCAAGACGAGCCACUGUUGUUGUUGCGACCCUAUAUGGGAUUAUUUAUAGAAUAAUCAGGAUGAAGAAACACCCAAAAGAAACUGAUGUCGCCUUUGGAAUUCUAGAAGCUGCUAGAAAGCUACUAAAUAAAUCGAAUUUGACUCCCCUUGAUCAAGAUCGCGAUUUGGCGGGAGUCAAGUACGAGGAGAGUGAACUGCAGCCAAUUUCACACGCGCCCUUGACUCCACCAGCAACUCCCGUGGGUAAUCUUAAACGGUGUUUCGAUUCAUCUAGGGCCUCGAAGAGUUUCCAAGAUAUCGAGAAUCUAAAUAGCGCUGGGCCGCGUCAGAGGGCAAAGCGCGCCAAAGGCGCGUCAUCGGUGUUGUUUCAGCAGCUCAGGAGAGAUUUUACUCAGAGCGGAGAAGCGAUAGGUCAACUGUUUGGAAAUAGCUUUCUUUAUGACGAGGACCAGCGGCCUUUCAUAAAGGAAGCUAUUUCUACAACAUUAAACGUUGUAUGUGAGAAGAAAGGGCCGCGGAAAGGAUUUGCCGAAAUCCUUGAUGAGGAUGUGCUGGAAAAAUACAUUUCCACCAUGAAAGUGUCUGACUGGGUCCAGUUGCUGGUCAAACUAUCGACGAAACUCCCAGAUCGUUGCUGGCAGACUGUGCUCAGCUACCUAUGUAUUGGUAAAAGUGGGAAAUCAACUGAUGUAGGCAUUCUCCUUACAAACAACGAAAUCCGAGCCCAAAAAGAGCUUGUGUUUUCUGUAACACGCCAGUUGUUUAAAGUUGAGUUAAUGCCAGAUGUGCGUGGCUAUGGAGCUUCACUUGAGAUGAUUCUGGUAUGGGCCAUCAGAGAAUGCCGUCUCCAUGCCAACAUCCCGACAAACAUAGAAUUUAAUUUGAAGUUGGAUGGCAGGCCUCUAGGAGGUACUUAUUUUAUUUUUUCUGUUAUUUUAAAUUUUUCCCCUUACAUAACUUCUUUCCCUUUACAUAACUUCCCCUUACAUAAUUGUAGUUGUUAUCAUAGCCACUUUUAAGGUUGAUAUCUUCUGAUCAUUAAUUAAACAUCUUAAUGUGUCCCACGCUCUCACAUUCACCCUGUUUUGAAGGUGCAAAGCUUUAUUGGGAAAACCAACUGGAGAUUGACAUGCUCUGAAGGGCUAUUAGAACGGUUCAAUACAAUCAAACAUUAAUUUUAGUCACUAAUGUAAUCGUCGACAGCAAUGGCCAUAUAGCUAGAUAAGGCCACAGGUAGCCCGUGCUCUGUCAAUGAGUAAUUUGAACCAGCCAGCUUAUUGAUCGUUAAUAGAGAGAACAUAGAGAGAUACUUUAUGUUACAUUUUGUCCAUAAAAAAAUUGUAAUAAAUUCCAUCCAAAUGCGCUCUAAAACCGCCUAA